UAUCACGUGUGUGUGCCGCACGCACGGCCCUGCAGCGGAGUGUCGCAUCCUGUCCGAUACCAAGCUUUAUAAUCAUCUGAAUUCCGUACAGUACCUUUCAUAACACUGUAAGGCGCCCUCCAGAUUUUUUUUUCACUCACAGCUCUAGAGAUGGCUGACCCGUGGGUGGUAACACCCGGUGAACGAACAAAGCAUGAAGAACAGUUCAAGACCCUGCGGCCUGUGGGGGGCUAUAUUACUGGAGAGCAGGCCAAAGGUUUCUUCCUCCAAUCCAGGCUUCCCCCACCUGUACUCGGCAUCAUCUGGGCACUGUCUGAUGUGGAUGGAGAUGGAAAAAUGGAUCUACAUGAGUUCAGUAUUGCAUGCAAGCUGAUCAACCUCAAGUUAAGAGGGUUCACUCUGCCAUCAACCCUGCCAGCAUCCCUCAAACAGUCAGCCUGUGUUGGUGUUGGAGGGGCACCAGCUCCAGCUCCAGCUCCUGUGGGCCCUUCUGCUGCCUCUGGGCCUGUUUCCACUGGAGGGGCUGCUGGGUUUGGGAUUGCAGACCUUACUGCUUGCAGUAAUGGUUUGUCACUCACAUCAGCAAUAUCUUCUGGUCCCAUUGUGUCAACUGUGGUUGUAUCGACUUCUGUACCUACCCCUGCUGCUCCCAUUUCGGCUCCUAUUUCUGUACCUCCUGUCUCAGCCCCUGGUGACUCCAGCGAGGUGUCAUUGUCUCUUGCACCAGCUUGUGCUGAUGCCCCGGCUGUGAUCUCUGCACUUGGUGUGGCAACAGUUCCACCUUGCUUGCCUAGCUCUGUCCUGGUGACAGUGCCCGGCACGGUUCCUGGACUGUCGAUUGGACCAAAUAUUAUUCCAGAAGCAUCAGUGAAUGUGGUACCAGGUAUUAUACCUGUUUCAGCAGCAUCUUGUGUAAUUCUUGGAGUAUCAGCAGGGGCUGGGCAGGAGUCAGUGACUGCAGCUGUUCCUACAGCUGUCCCUCUUGAUACUGCAGAGGCUCUUGCUGGGGCUGCCCCUGCUGCACCCCUUGGCGGUGGUGUGCCAUUGGCAGGGAUGGCACCAAUAGUUCCAGCACAGCCCAUCAUGCCCAUGGCUCCAGUCUCUUCCCAAGCACCUGGUGCCACGGUUCCCGUUGUGCCUGGAGCCUCCGCACCAGUCUCUAUGUCAACAGCACCUUUGCUGCCAUCAGGAACUCAGCCCAUGAUACCAUCCUCCAAGCCUAUGGUGCCUGCAGCAUCACAGCCCCUAGUAGCACCAGUAGCCCCCAUGGUGCCACAAGCAUCCCAACCCUUGGUGCCGCCAGCUUCUCAACCUUUGGUAGCACCUGUAGCACCUAUAUCUCAGCCAGUGGUAGCGGCUCCACAGCCACCACAGGUGGGAGGCAUGGUGGCCCCAGUUGCUGCAUCCAGUGCUCCAAUCACAGCAGCUGUUCCUCCUGGGGUUCCUGUUGCACCCAAUGGAGCAGCAGUGCAGCGAACUGGCAGCCAGGAGUCUGGGGGUUCUCAAACUCCUGGUGAGUGGGCUGUGCCUCAAGCAAGCAAACUCAAGUUCACUCAGGUGUUCAACAUGUCAGACAGGACAAAGUCUGGAUACCUCUCUGGGGUACAAGCUAGAAAUAUUCUCAUACAGUCCCACUUGCCUCAGCAAAUACUAGCACAAAUUUGGGCACUCUCUGAUGUGGACAAUGAUGGGCGGCUGUCGUGUGAGGAGUUUGUGCUGGCUAUGUAUCUUUGUGAGUCAGCCAAGGCAGGAAACAAACUUCCUACUGUCUUGCCAGCAGAACUCAUUCCACCCACCAACCGUCGCCAGCGCACCUCCAGCAUCCACUCUGCUGGCUCAGGAGGAACCCCGGUUGGUGAGGUGAUGGGUGGCCUCGCUGAUAAUUCCUUUGAGGACAAAAGACGUGAAAACUUUGAGAAAGGCCAGGCAGAGUUGGAGCGGCGGAGGAAAGCUCUCCUUGAUGCACAGCGACGUGAAACAGAAGAGAGACUUCGCCGGGAGAGAGAAGAGGAGGCAAAGAGGGAGAAGGCUCGUCAAGAAGCAGAGCGACGAAGACAAGAGGAAUUAGAGCGUGAGAUGCAACGGCAGCGGGAAAUAGAGGCUCAGCGAGAGCAGGAGAGGAAGCGGCAAGAGGACAUGAGAGAGCAAGCUCGCAAGGAUGCUGAGUUGCAGAGACAGCAGGAAUGGGAGAAACAAAGACUGCAGGAGCUCAUGAAUGUGAGGCAGCGGCAGCAGGAAAAUCUCUUAUCUCUCAAGGCCAAGAACCAGAGUCUUUCCAUAGAGUUCACAACAAAGGAAGACCGAGUGAAGGAGUUAACUCAAAAGAUUAGUGAGACCAGACAAGGAGUGACAGAAGUAAAAGCCACCAUUGACACCAUGCGGUCCACCAGGGACACUUACAUGGCUGACAUGAAUCAACUGAAGGCAGCUGCUCGGGAGCAGAAUCAGAGAUUGUUAGUUUUGAAUCAAGAAAAGGCACGUCUGAAGGCUCGCAGUACAGCUGCUGCAGGAGCAAGUGGAGCAGAGCAGGCAGCAGUAGAUGCCUCCUUUACCAGCAAGCAGAUGGUCAUCAAGCAACUACAAGAGAAGGUUGACAGCUUGCAAACAGAGUUGUCAGCCAAAGAGGAAGAUGUGAAUAACAACAUCACAGAUUUGAGUCACAUGAAGGAAGAAAUUCGUGCCACUGCUGAAAGGUGUUCCAGCGUCUUCAUUGAAUACUCAGACAAACGAAAGCAGGUGAUGACUCUUCGAGAAAAGCUUCUGAAUCCAGAUGCUGCGUGGGGUGAUGCUGCUAGUUCAUCUUGGGCAGGUAAAGGGUUUGACAGUGGUGGGGCUGGUGCCUGGACUAGUGCAUGGCCCCCCAGUCAGCCCAAAGAUGCAUGGCCCAGUAGCAGGGGUGAUGUUAGUGGCGCCCCCACCAGUAGUCAACAACCUCAACAGGAACAGGAACAGCAGGAGGCAGAGUUGCAGCUGCAGUCACAGCCGCAGCCGGAGCCGCUGCCGCAGCCGGAGCCGGAGCCGCAGCCGGAACCGCAGCAGCAGCAGCAGCAGCAGCAGCCACCACCAGUGCCACCACCACCAACACAACAACCCACAGCAGAACAUCAUCAACCUCCAGCACGUCCCCCGCCCCCUUCCACAACCACCACCUCCUCCACUAUGCCCCUCAUGGCCACUACUGGCACUGUUCAUGAGAAGCCGGCAGUACCCCCAGCCCCCCAGAAAGCUGAUGGCAUCAGCAAAACCAACUCCACUUUCAUCACCAACAAUACCAGUGCUGUGGGCUGGGGGGUCCACAAUUCCACAACCUCCUCUUCCUCAACCACCACCACAGCUCCUUGGGGGGCAUUCUCCACCACAACCACCACCACCAUCUCAUCUACCACUUCUACCACACUUUCAGAUAAAGAAGAAAAUGCUGUUCCUGGAGAAAACAAAGAGGGCGUCAUGAAGCGUCGAGCACUGUACCAGUUUGAUGCUCGCAAUGCUGAUGAGAUCAGCUUCAUGCCUGGAGACAUUAUUGUGGUAACAAUGACAGAAGGAGUUGAGCCAGGAUGGUUAGGAGGAGUGCUUCAUGGUCAGACUGGCUGGUUCCCUGAGGCGUACACAGAGCCGCUAGACACCAGGGAGGCUGAAGUUGCGUCAGAAUCCCUCGUCAGGACACAGCUGGAAAACAUUCCUGAGGAAGCAGGAGCAAAUGUAGGAGUACAGCAAAGUGUAAUAGGUGAGGCAGUGGCUGUGUUCCCAUGGAGAGCCAAGCAGAGAAACCAUCUAUCGUUCAAUAAGGGAGACCGUAUCACUGUUAGGGAACAACAGGAACAAUGGUGGUAUGGAGAACUGAACAAUGUGGGGGGCUGGUUCCCAAGAUCGUUUGCACGCAUGGUAUCUGGUCCUGCUGCUGUCACUUCCCCAGUCACCACCCCUCAGGAGGCCCCAGAAGAACCACCAAUGCCAGAUAAUCUUGUCCAUGAUGAUGUGUCAGAAUUUUAUCAAGCUCUGUAUCCUUAUCAGUCUGGAGAGCCUGGUGAUCUCACCUUCAAUGCUGGUGAGAUUAUUUUAGUAGUGAAGAAAGAGGGUGACUGGUGGCAUGGAGUUGCUAACCAGAACACCGGCAUCUUCCCAUCCAACUAUGUGGAGCUUAUGCCUAACCAGUUUAUAACAAGUGCAGGAGACAAAGUUGAGGAACAGCCUGAGGUGGCAGCUGCCUUGAAGGAUGAGGUGGCAUUGGGGGAGAAGCAGGCUGAGGCAGACCAUCAGGUGGUAGACAAUGAAGAAAGUAAAGAGGAGCCAGGACAAAGUGCGGCCACUCCUGCUACUGUUCAGACUCCUGACUCUGCUAAUCUGAAAGUUAAUCAGUGUUCAGACGACGAACUAGAGAACAAGGAGGUCAUGGAGCUUUCUAAGUCACCCAGGUCACCAAAGGGUAGCAAAGGAAAGAAGCCAGAGAUUGCCUCUGUUCUGGCUCCCUAUGAUGCAACCAGCAGCAAUCAACUAAGUCUCCAGCGUGGGCAGUUAGUUAUGAUUCGCAAAAAGACAGCAUCUGGCUGGUGGGAAGGAGAACUUCAAGCAAAAGGGAAAAAGCGGCAAAUAGGAUGGUUCCCUGCCACGUACGUUAAAGUAUUGGGGGGCUCCUCUCGCUCCACGCCUGUGUCCAUGGAGCUGACCAACAAAGAGGACGCUCCCCCUGACCUGUCCCAACUGUCACCCUCCUCUGGGAACCCACACACUCAGGUCACCGUCACACCACCAACGGAUGAACCAAUGAAGGGACCAAAUGAUGCUUCCAAUGGGUUUGCAGAGCAGGUGGAGGCACUUUACCCAUACACUGCCAUGAAUGAGGAUGAGCUGACCUUUGAAGCUGGUGCCAUUAUCUCGGUGAUUGACAAGGAGGAUGCUGCCUGGUGGAAAGGUACCCUUGAGGGUGCUAUUGGUGUCUUCCCUUCAAACUAUGUGCAGCCUUACCCAAGUGACUCGGCUGCCAACGCUGCUGGGACGCCCGAUGCCGAGGACUCCUUGUGCUAUACAGAUUAUAGGAGUCAGGGUCAAGGACAUGGAUCUACCAGGUCCAGUUGGCAUGUGUCCAUGUCGUCCCCAGUGGAGCAGCAGCGGCAGAGUGUCAUCCAAGAGAUUCUGCAAACAGAGGCAGCCUACCUUCGAGAGUUGCUGCUGGUGGAGGAGGUGUUCAUCAGAACCAUGCGUUCUUCAGGCAUUGUAAAUGAGAAAGAACUGGAUUCAUUAUUUGUUAACUGGGAUGAAUUGAUCUUAGCCAACUCAUACUUCAACAAAGCGCUAAAAGUGCGGUGCAUGAACAGCAGUGGAGGAGUCAUCACAAUGAUUGGUGAUGUGUUAUGUCAGCAGAUUAGCCAACUGAAGCCUUACCUCAGGUUCUGCAGCCUCCAAUUGCAUGGUGCCACUCUACUUGGAGAAAAGUGUCGGGCAGGUGGUCCGUGGGCUGACUUAGUGAGGCAGUGUCAAGAGCAUCCACUUAUCCAAGGUCACACCCUCACUUCUUUCUUGCUCAAGCCUAUGCAGAGGAUAACCAGAUAUCCACUGCUUAUCAAGCAGCUGUUAAAAUAUACUCCCGAGGGUCACCCAGACUGUUACAACACCCAAGAGGCACUCUCAGCAUCAGAGACGCUUUGUGCACAAGUAAAUGAAGCUGUGAGUCAGAGGGAGAACACAGACAAGUUGGAGUGGAUGCAGAGGUGUGUGACCUGUGAGGGUUUGCAGGAACGCCUUGUCUUUAAUUCCCUCACCAACACUCUGGGUCCAAGGAAGCUCCUGCAUACAGGCACUCUUCACAAGGUCAAAAGUAAACGUGAGCUUGUAGCAUUCCUCCUUAGUGACUUCCUUUUGCUGACAACUCCAAGUAAGUCAGUGUCUUCAUGCACAACUCUAGCAACAUUGGAGAGAGCGCUCACCUCCACCACGUGUGCCAUGUAUCGCAAGCCUAUGUUCUUGACUGACCUGAGAGUGGAGGGAGACAAAGACUCAGAGACUUGCUUCACCCUUGUUAGUCCAGCAUGUGGUGACAUUGCUGUAGCAGCGCCAACCACUCAUGAAAGAAACAACUGGCUUAAGAAAAUUGCUAUUGCCAAGAAGCACAUUAGUGACACAGAAAGGUCUCUCCUUCAUCGACAGCAGUCCAAAGAGAAAGACAGGAACAUAAUGGGCCGAGUGUUAGUCACCGUCAUGGCAGGAGUCUCCCUGAGUGAAAAACAUUGUGAGGUUCGAGAGAGACGGCCUCAGGGAGCACUGCGCAUGCACAUACUCAGUGGAGCUAAGCUUGAUUCCUGGGGCAAAGGUACUCUGCAGUCAUUCUGUGAGGUUAGCCUGGGUUCUCAGGUUCAGCGGACAAGCAUUGCAAUGUCACCUCACCCAAAGUGGGACUCCACCAUGCAGUUCCUUGUUAAGUCUCUGUCAGAGGAUGUCUUGUGCAUCACAGUCUAUGAGAAAGGUUACUUCAAACCAAAUGAAUUUCUUGGCCGAACAGAGAUCAAGAUUCACCAGGUGCAUGAGGAGACGCGCCACCAGCCCGGUGCUCAGCCUCAAGUCUACAAACUUGCCCUGCAAGAAGCAAAAGCGGGUGAGGUUAUUUUAAAAAUUUCUCUUCAACUUUUUGAUCAGUCAUAGCAGUUGUAAUGUUAGAUUUGUGAAUAAUGUUUGACAUGUACAAAACACUAAGUUCUUAUGUGCACAAAUGUACACUUCUGUUGAAAUUUUUUAUUUUUACUUAUUCUCUCUCUCUCUCUCUCUCUCUCUCUCUCUCUCUCUCUCUCUCUCUCUCUCUCUCUCUCUCUCUCUCUCUCUCUCUCUCUCUCUCUCUCUCUCUCUCUCUCUCUCUCUCUCUCUCUCACACACACACACACACACACACACACACACACACACACACACACACACACACAUUACAUUUUUCAUUGACAUACGUAUUACCAAGUGUCUGUGUCCUGUACAGUAUGUGAGUCUUGUUAGUCUUGGUUUUCCAGGGUUAGGCCAAAGUGUGUUCUUGUACAUCAGCUGUUUUUAGUAUGCAUACUGUAUUGGUUUCUUGUUUAUUACAAAAUCCCAAUAAUAUGCAUGAUACUGUGAAUAAUCAAGUGUUUGGUAAUCAUAAUUUCAUCAUGUGAUGUAAAAAGAAUCUAUUGACUUCAGAUUUGAUUUCCUUAACACAGAAUUAUGCAAGUACUGUAAACAAAACAUUUGCCAAUUCAUGGCAUUCCAUACAAGGAACAUUUCAUUCCUAUUAUGCCAAUGGUGCAACUUACCAUUAUACAUAUUUAUUUUUUUUUUAUAAAAGUUGCACAUACUUAAUGUUUUCAUCUUAAAUUGUACAAAUGAAAUAUAAUACUAUUUAUAAGGUUAAAAGUCAACAGGAAAGUAAACAAUAAGUGAAGUAGAAGUGUGUUCUACUUCACACAAAGUUCCUUUCUAUCGCACUCAGGUAUUUAGUUCAUGUGGUGACUGAUUGUAGUGGAGCAUAAUAAAAUGUGUAUUUGAUAAGUGAGUUGAUAUCAAAUUUCAUAGACAGAGCUGAGCACCCUAAAUGAGACAUUAUAUAUGUCCAACAUAUUAAAGUAUCAUUGCAAAAUAACUUUCUCUGAUUGUACUUUAACAUUUAACAAGGAGAGGUGUGUGUGUGGCAAUCCAGCACCAUGUUCAGUCUGAUGAAUGUGUUGCUUGCUGGCAUAGAGGAUGUACCUGCUCUAAUGGCUAAUAUUCUUUAUCUGGAUACAGAAUCUUGCCACAUGAUAUUAGUUUUUGGUAAAAUAAUAUGGGUAUGUUUUUCUUUUUUUUUAUUUUCUUAAAAUUUUAUUAACCCUGUUACUAAAAGCAUUUAAAUCUCUUCCUGCACAUUUUUUGGAACAUUUCCUCAUAUGCUCUUAUCUUUUCUUUAUCACACAACAAAGUUAUAUGCAACAAUGGUAAUAUGUGAUUGUGUGUCAUCAAAGGAAUAUGGAGCACGGCUUUAUAAGUCUCCUGUACUUGGUCUCCACAUUUAUGAGUGGUAAUGGUGGUCACUCAGAUAAUGGUUGCCAAAUUUAUACCUAUAUUCCUGCUGUGUCAAUAUAGCAGAGUGAGACCAUUAGCCCUGCCUGCCUUGCCCUCUUUUUCAUUCUUCCCUUAUCUACAGUCUAAUUCAUCUACUCAUCCUCUUUCUUACAACUGCCCUGUAUUUCUUUCUUUUCUUAAUUCUUUGUUAUAUUAUUUUCAUGGGGAAAAAGAAAAGAAAACAUGUAUUUAUAAUUCUAAUAGAUGUAAGAUAGUACUGCACAUAAUAGAUUCAGAAACCAUUUUGGGUGAUCACCAAAGUCUUUGAUGCUGAAGGAAUCAGAUGUCCCUUCCUUGGUACGUAAGUUAGUUGACAGGUUGCUGCACUGACAUGUUAUCUGGUAACACAGCAUAUUUUCAUAAAAUAACCAGUGUUUGUUACUUAAUAAAGAUGUUGCAGUUUGAGAUGUUUGUAAACUAUAGCUCAGAAAGAAAAACUGUAAUAGUGAAUGGGUCAUUUCACACUUCCUUCUCAUUUGCCUGUACUACUGUUAGUAUGUCACGGCAGUACAAAUUCAAGACAUAUGCAAUCUCAUCUAUUGAUUAAGUUACAAGUAAACAAUACUUAACUUGCAUCCUGAUGUGUCAAGGAAGUCUUAAAUGGAGCAUAUUCUUCAUGUUUUUCAUGCUAUGGUUUUGCAGUCAUAGCUGAAAGAUGCAUCACAAACAUAUCAUUACAUGUAGUGUUAAUUCUUUAUAAUUUUAAGUUAAUAACGUAGUUUAAGCCGCACAAUAAGCAUAUCAACAUGUAUGAGGUAUGUAAAUUCUAAGUCUCCUUAAUACCAUAAUAUAUUAGUGAUAAGUUUUGCCGGUCCUGCAUCUCCUUACUUGCCCAAGGCUCCACACCUGUGAGCAACAAACAAGAAAUCAACAUGCCAUUGGUAACAGUGUUGUAUUUUUGUUGCCUAAAUCUCCCAAUUAGAAGAAAAAGAUGAAUUUUGUUGAACACCACGCCAUUAAACUUAAUACAUAUGGAUGAUGAAUUCAGCCUUGAUAGUGUUGUUUAGAUGAUAUGCAAGGCAAGCAGCAUUUCAGUAUACGUAAUGUGACCCAUAAAGUUUUUGUCUGUUAGGAGUGUAAGUGUUUGGUGCAUUCAUUAUUUGAAUUGAAAUCCAUAUACUCAUAAUUUAUUUUGAAGUUGCAAAUAAUUUAUUUUCAAAUAAAGGUACUAACUUAUUUUAAUUAAAUAAUUUAUUGUUAUUUCAUUAUUAUUAUUAUCAUUAUUAUCAUCAAUUAGUGAAACUUCAUAGUGUGUUUUAAAUACCAAGCAUCAUGUUUGCAGUACAUUGACCAUUGUAAGUCAUCUGAAAAUGAUGUGGCUGGCUGGUGAAGAACUGGUUAUUUGAAGCAUCUUUGACAAGUAGUACUCUAUUUUUUAGGCUCCUCUUCCAGAUUUUCUUCUCUCCUGUAAUGUCUGAGUAUACAUUGGCAGUGCAUAUUUCACUGUCAAGCAUUUAGCAUGCUUUUCUAGUCAUUGUUAUCAUUUGUCAUCAAAUGGUCACCUCAUUGUUACUUCAGUGAUGCAUUCACUUGGAGAGUCUUUUUCACUUCACUUCUAUGGCUAAGUAAGGCACUGCACAUUUCAUACACUAACUAUAUAACCAGAGUAACAGAACCAUUCCUAUGCUGCACAGAAUAAUGACCAUUAUCCAUCUUUGACCGCACUCUCAAGAUUCCCAGUGUACGUACACUGCAUAUAAGAUAACUAACAUCAUUCUUCAGCAGUUGUCCAGGAUCACACCUUCUUCAACAUUUGUGGUCAUCAAAUGAGUACAAAAGAUCCAUUGCCAUUCUUACAUCUACUUAUUUAAAAAAAGAGGAGCUUACAGCAUAUCAGCAGAUAGUACAGAGCUGCUAUUAGCUGCUGUUCAUUCCCUUUAUAUAUUUCUCCCUUCACCAGACAACUUUCUCUAUUUGGGAGUGAGCCUCUUUGUAACUUUUUUUUAUUUUUUAUCUUGAGGACUGUAGGUUGUAAAUAUCUUUUAUUUUACUGUCUUAAAAGCUUUUUACAUUUUAAUUAAUGUUCGAUGCUAGAAAUUAUCUGUAUACAUUUCCCAGCGUAGUCAGUUGUUUUGUUUAUCUUUUAAGUAUGUUGACUUGAAAUGAUGCAAUAUUGUAGACUGUCUGGCAGGUGCACAAUGUUGACUACACUGGACUAUGAACUAUAAAUUAUGGUGACGAGUGUUACUUUUCAGGUAUGUUUUUGAGAGUAGUAUCUUACAUAUUCAAUCAGUACCUUGGUGAUGAGGUGUGGCUAACCAUAUUGAUGGCUAGUGUAAGAAUAAAAAAAAAACUAUCAUAGGAGGCCUGCUGUUACUUUACAAUUACUGGGCAAUGUAUUUUGUUGCACAAGAAUAAAGACAAUCUACUUUG